AUGCCGCCAAAUGUAGACCCGAUACCAAGUGGAGUUGUGUUCGAAACUGACACUCAAACACCUGAUCUCGGACUUGAUAAAGAUGUCUCCCAAUUAAAGAAAGCUACGCCAAAGAAGCAUGAAUAUGUGUGGUUCAACAUAUUCUGGUUCCUCUUCCUGCAUAUCAGCUCAGCAUAUGGAUUGUACUUAGCAUUCACGUCUGCUAAAUGGCAAACUAACGUUUUCGCGUUCGCUAUACACCUGAUGUGUGCAAUCGGUAUCGGCGCGGGAUCUCAUCGUCUAUGGACGCACAGAUGUUUCAAAGCAAAAACACCUCUAAGAACUGUUUUGAUGAUUUGGCAAACCAUGGGCUUUCAGGACAGCAUAUUCGAAUGGGCACGAGACCAUCGCACUCACCACAAGUACGCGGACACGGACGGCGACCCUCACAACGCGGAGCGCGGCUUGUUCUUCUCCCACAUGGGCUGGCUCUGCUGCAAGAAGAGUCCAGAAGUCAUCGAAGGCGGCAAGCGUAUUGAUCUAAGCGAUCUAUACGAAGACCCGGUAGUCAUGUUCCAGAAGAAGCAUUAUUUGAAAAUGAUGCCAAUCCUAUGCUUCGUGUUGCCGACUGUAUUCCCCGUACUUUUGUGGGGUGAGAGCUGGACCAACGCUUUCUUCAUACCGACCAUCCUCCGUUACACCUUCGGUAUUAACGUCGUCUGGAGCGUUAAUAGCUUCGCUCAUAAAUUCGGAUAUAGACCCUAUGACAAGUCAUUGAACCCUCGGGAGAACAUCGCCGUAUGGAUGUUCUGCGUGGAAGGCUUCCACAACUACCACCACACGUUCCCUUGGGACUACCGCGCGAGCGAGCACCCCCUCAUCAAUAUGUUGACACCAACUAUUGUGUUCAUUGAAGCGAUGGCUAAGAUCGGACAAGCUUACGACUUGAAGGCUGUAUCUCCUGAAAUUAUCAAACAACGUACAUUACGUACUGGAGACGGCACUCACCAGUUAUGGGGAUGGGAUGACCCUGAAUUUACUGAACGACUUAAAGCCAAGUACGGAUCUAUACAUUGCACCGAAGAAAAGAAAGAUAUGUAA